CCAUCACGAAAGUGUUUUUCCUAUAAAGUUUAAACAUAAACCAAGUCCAUCAGAUCAAACAAUAACACAUCACAAUAUGGCUCCUUCACAUUACUUCCUCAUUCUCAUUUUGUUCUCUUUCAUUAUCGUUAUCUCAUCCUCAAAUAGCUUCACUCCAUCGCGUCACCCAUUUGAUCCCUUAACCGAGACCGAACUCAAACUCGUCCGAACCAUCAUCAACAAAUCGUACCCCGUUGGUCCGAGCCACAAGUUCACUUUCCAAUACGUUGGUCUCAACGAACCCGACAAGUCUCUAGUCUUGUCUUGGUACUCAUCACGGAACCACGCCAUCAAACCACCGCCACGUCAAGCGUUCGUCAUCGCUCGAGACAAAGGCAAGACCCGAGAGAUAGUCGUCGACUUCUCCUCUCGAGCCAUCGUCUCGGACAAGAUCCGCGUAGGAAAUGGUUACCCUAUGCUCACAAACGACGAGCAAGAAACAUCCUCCGACAUCGUCUUCAAGUUCAAGCCGUUUCUCCACUCCGUUGCGAGACGCCGCUUGAACGUUUCGGAGAUCGUGUUCACCACGUCAACCAUUGGAUGGUACGGCGAAUCUAAGGCCAAGACGGAGAGAGUUAUCAGAAUGAUGCCGUUUUAUCUUGACGGCACAGUUAAUAUGUAUCUUAAACCUAUCGAAGGAAUGACGAUAAUAGUUAACCUUGACCAGAUGAAGGUAACGGAGUUUAAAGAUAGGUUAAUAGUUACUAUGCCUAAGGCUAACGAAACGGAGUACCGUAUCUCAAAGCUUAAACCUCCGUUUGGGCCGACGCUUCGUAACGCCGUCCUUGUGCAACCUAAUGGUCCAGGAUUCAAGAUCGAUGGACACACCGUGAGAUGGGCAAACUGGGAGUUUCACUUAUCCUUCGACGUUCGAGCUGGUAUCGUCAUCUCCCUCGCGUCCAUAUUCGACACGGAAGUAAACAAAUACCGACAAGUCCUAUACAAAGGUCACUUGUCGGAGAUGUUCAUACCUUACAUGGAUCCAACUGAUGAUUGGUAUUUCAUUACUUAUCUUGAUUGUGGCGAUUUCGGAUGUGGUCAAUGCGCCGUGUCUCUUGAACCGUACACUGAUUGUCCAGCGGGUGCAGUUUUUAUGGACGGGGUUUUUGCUGGUCAAGAUGGAACUCCCGCAAAAAUCCCAAAUGCUAUAUGCAUUUUCGAAAAGUAUGCUGGUGAUAUCAUGUGGAGACAUACGGAAGCUGAAAUCCCAAACUUAGAAAUUACGGAGGUUAGACCGGACGUGAGUCUUGUAGCUCGGAUUGUGACGACCGUGGGAAACUAUGACUAUAUAGUUGAUUAUGAGUUCAAGCCUAGUGGUUCCAUCAAAAUGGGGGUCGGACUAACCGGUGUUUUAGAAGUCAAACCGGUAAAAUAUAUUCACACGUCCGAAAUCAAAGUAGGAGAGGACAUACACGGGACAAUUGUCGCCGACAACACCGUCGGUGUUAACCACGACCAUUUCGUGACAUUCCGUCUUGAUCUUGACAUUGAUGGUAAGGACAAUUCCUUUGUCCGUAACGAGCUUGUGACCAAGAGGACUCCAAAAUCUGUUAACACGCCAAGGAAAAGCUAUUGGUCAUCGAGGCCAAAGACGGCCAAGACCGAGGCAGAGGCUAGGGUGAAACUAGGGUUAAAAACGGAGGAGCUGGUGGUGGUUAACCCUAACCGGAAAACGAAACAUGGAAAUGAAGUUGGAUACCGUUUACUUCAUGGAUCCGCUGCUGGCCCUCUUCUGGCUCAAGAUGAUUUCCCACAGAUUCGAGCUGCAUUUACCAACUAUAACGUGUGGAUCACUCCAUACAACAGAUCUGAGGUUUGGGCAGGUGGUUUGUACGCUGACAGGAGCCAAGGUGACGAUACGUUGGCCGUGUGGUCUCAAAGGAAUAGGAAAAUAGAGAAUAAAGAUAUAGUGAUGUGGUACACUGUCGGUUUCCACCAUGUCCCUAGUCAGGAAGAUUACCCUACGAUGCCUACUUUAUCUGGUGGCUUUGAGCUCCGACCGACCAACUUCUUCGAGCGAAACCCUGUCCUCAAGACCAAACCCGUCAAAGUCACCACAGCUCGACAGUGCAUUCCUAAACACGAUUAGUAAACAACUUAAUCAUAUCAUUGAUGAAUUUGUUCUACUUGAUUAUGGACUGUUUUAAAAAUUCGAGAAAUAAUAAUGUGGUCGUUUCAAAUAAAUUGCGUUUAUAUA